AUGGCCGAGGAGGAGAAACAGAAGUUCAAUACUCGGCCAGAGUCCACCAUUGCGCAAAACUUUGCCGCGGACUUGGACUCGAUGUUCGGCCUCAAUGCCCCGCCUGGUGUCGACAAUCUCUCCCGAACUGUUGAAGAGAAGAAGCACACCGUCACCACCGGCGAGCAGCAGCUUCAGGAACUCGAGGCCAAGCUGCGUGAGACCGAAGAGCGACUGGCUCGCGUCUCCAGACAGAACUCGCCCUCGCGGCAGGCCAACACUGCGGUGCCUAGGACUCAUCCAGAGAGUAAGCAGGCCGCUGACGGUGCUGCCAAACCAAGUCCACUCGCUCAGAAGCCCACCUAUCCCGCCGAUAGACCCCCUACCUCCGGCGACAGACCACCCACCGAAAGAGCAGACACUCAGGAGAUUGUGCGCAACAUACCGGGCGCAAUGCCAGAGACACCACAACCACAAUACGGAGGAAGCAAUGAAUACGUCAUGGUGGAUAGGAACGCCGGACAGGCUCAGCGAGGAUAUGGCUAG